UCACUGUUUUUUCCCUCCCUCAACGGAAGUAACUGAAUCAUAAUAAAGAGGAGCUAUAUUUAUCCUCAGACUCCUCAAUUAUAGGCUUUAACACCAAUGAUAGCUGAACAAACGAUUCCACAGACUCCUACUUUGUACUUGACUACGUAAUUAGCGGCACACUACGGCUUGAAUUUACAGUUUAGCAUCAAUGGUAAUUUACUCCUGACUGAAUUGCACAUUUUGAAGUCAAUUUUGUGGCCCUAUUGAUACUGUUUGCCUUGAAGACAAACAGAAACGUGAUCUUGGACUUGUCCCACAUAUGGUAAACAUCCUCACUGGAAUAUAAGUCAUAAUGGAUGAAGAGCCAGAGAGAACUAAACGCUGGGAAGGUGGCUAUGAAAGGACAUGGGAAAUUUUGAAGGAGGAUGAAUCAGGAUCACUCAAGGCCACAGUUGAGGAGAUCCUUUUUCAGUCCAAAAGGGACAGGAUAAUAAAAAGCUGUGGCCAAAUAAGACUCGGAAUGAUGCGACAUCUUUUUGUAGUAAUUGACUGCUCUAGAAGUAUGGAGGAUCAAGACUUAAAACCAAACCGCCUCACUGCAACUCUAAAGCUGAUGGAAGCUUUUAUUGAAGAAUAUUUUGACCAGAAUCCCAUAAGCCAGGUGGGAAUUAUAUUUACAAAGAAUAAAAGAGCUGAAAAGCUCACUGACCUAUCAGGGAACCCAAAGAAACAUAUUGGUGUUUUGAAGAAAGAAGUGGACACUGUGUGUGUAGGAGAACCGUCCUUGUACAAUUCCCUGAACUUGGCCUUACAAACCCUGAAACACAUGCCUGGACACACAAGUCGAGAGAUUUUGAUCAUCCUCAGCAGCCUCACCACAUGUGACCCAGCCAACAUCUAUGAGAUGAUUCAGACCAUGAAAUCACUGAAGGUUCGAGUGUCUGUAAUCGGCCUGUCUGCGGAAGUUCGGGUGUGUACUAUAUUGACGAGGGAAACUGGUGGGUCAUACCAUGUCAUCCUGGAUGAGAGCCAUUUCAAAGAGCUGCUACUGACGCUGCAUGUGAAGCCUCCCCCUGCCAGCUCCUCAUCUGAAUGCUCAUUAAUACGAAUGGGGUUCCCCCAGCAUACCUUUAGCUCUUCGACUGAUCAGAACGCCAAACCCUCUUUCAGCAUGGCUCUGUUAGAUGGCACCAAUGAUCCAGGUCUCUCUUUGGGAGGGUAUUUGUGUCCACAAUGCCAUGCAAAGUACUUGGAGCUCCCAGUGGAAUGUAAAGUCUGUGGUUUGACUCUUGUGUCAGCCCCACACCUCGCCAGAUCCUUUCACCACCUCUUUCCUCUACAUGUCUUCAUUGAAACACCAGUCGAAAACACCCCAGAAAAAAGAUUCUGUGAGUCUUGUCAAGGAGAAUUAAAAGAUAAAAGGAUGUUCACCUGCCCAUCCUGUCGCAGUGCAUUUUGUGUGGAGUGCGAUCACUUCAUUCAUGAUACACUACACUGCUGCCCUGGUUGUAUUCACUGUCAGCGCACCCCUUAAAACCACACCUAGAGGAGAAAAGAGAAGGAAAGAAUUGAUGAUAAUUGUAAUAGAUCAUGAUCAAGAGGAGCCUUAUAAGAUAUGUACAAAGACCAUGACCGAUAGGAGCCCCAUAAAACGAGUACAGUAGUACACUUUGCAGCAUUUAAGUGGCGGGUUCUUUGGUGAUCUAAAACAUUUUUGGCUGCGCCACAAACACACGAACCCUUGUACUUGGGUGAAGUUGUUCUUUAAAGCAAUCUUUCAUAUUUGAUGUUGAUUAAAGGGUAUGGUUGACAUUAGUAAAUCUUACACAAAAGCUUUGCCAAACAAAUCAUGCUAGUAACUUGCUGUCGUGACCCCUGACAGGAAAAUCCCCCAAAAUCAGUCCUGUCCUGUGCACGGACAUUUAUAUGAAUGGACUAACUAUGCCUCUUACCUGCUGUCAUGUAGUCAGUACAAACCACAUUUUGUCACCUUUCUGUCAUGUGCAUUUAUUUUCAAUGACUGAAUUAGUAUUAUAAAUAAAGCUAAAUAUAUGUUAAUUAUGUUGUAACUUAGAUUUUGCCAUUCACGGACUGCAUCUCCACGUGGUCGCCAUUGUUGAGUGAUUCACAUUGUAGUUUGUCGGUGAACUCUGGGUCUUUUUUCAAGUUUGCAACUCUUACCCCCGACUUCAAAGUAGUGCGCUUUUCCAAGUUGGACGUUUGGUAGGUCCAACUUGUCACUCUCCUCAAAUGCAGCACUAGUCCAUUCAUAUGUUUGUCCGGGGUCUUGUGGGUGGCACACUUAAUGUGCGUGUGUGUGUGUGCGUGCGUGCGUGCGUGUGUGCGCGCGAUGCGUGUCCGCGCGUAUGUACGUGCGAGUGUGUAAGAUAAAUACUUUGAAUGGCUGAUUUGGCCAUUAGUUCACUAACAGUUACGGUAUACCUGCCUGUUGUUAAAACCUUUCAUCUGAGCUUCCGUACAACAGUGCAUCUAGAAACCAACGCAAUGACUGUUAGUGUGAUGUCAAUUACAAUGAAUAAAGUGGAAACGGUUUAAUUUC